AUAGCUCUGAACCACCAUCACGCGAUGGCGAGGGACCUUCAAUCAAAAGACCCUCAGCUACAAGAAUGCAUCAAAUUAAUCCGGGAAAUGACAAGUAUCAUUGAUCCCGCAGAUGACUACCUCACAAUAACCGCGGCAGAAGAACAAAUGAAGAUAAAUUAUUCUCGAGGAAAAAAAGAUAACGAAGAGGCGUAUGCAGAUUUGAAAGCCUUGUCUCGCGUUUUGGAGGCCGCCAGGAAAUCUUCAAUGCGACCGCCCAAUGUGCCCUCUCUGGAACAGCACUCCUCCCAUCUGAACGAGCUCGAUGCAUCUAGGCUGUCCCUGGCUAAGGCUAUCCGCGACGCUGAGGGCUCAUUAGCGAGCAAAGAGGCUGAACUGGCGGCGCUGAAAGCGCAGGCGCGUUCAUUGGAGGAGUCGGACCCCGCCAAGGAUCACCAGAUUCAGUUAGAUGGCUCUGCAUUGCGCUUGAAGAUCUACAAAGGGUUGGGAUUCGAACCUGUCCUUGAAAAGGACGGGCGAGCAACCAAUAUGCUUGUUACUAGCGAAUCUGGCGACAUCCACUCUUUCCCGUCCGAUGGAAGUAAAUCGGAUUUUGAUGACGCCGGUCAGCUUUGGAGGUUGGGAACUUCAUGAUAAAAAUCUUGCGAAGUAUGAUCACAUCUGUACCACACAUGUUGUCAUAGGCAUGUACGUAUCUGCUCUUUCAAGACUUUAAUAAUGUAUCUUCCCAAUGUCGAGUCUUAAUAUUUUGAUACCAAUGAAGUGCCGUUUUAUCUGUGGU